AUGCCUCCUACCACCUUGAAGGAUCUGAUGCUUCUCUUUGGUGUGUUUCUUAAGAACGCGCUACGCAAUCUUACCCACCAAGAACCUCCAAACACUCCCGUCUCCCAGAACCAAUCCCCACCAGGCCUCGAUAUAGUUCGACUGAAGCGGUUGAUAGUCAAGCUCACCCACGAUGAAUAUGCGUCAGCUGAACCCUCCUUAGCAACUAAGCCUGCUCGGUCUUCUUCUGCCAGCAAUGAAUAG